AUGGCUCAUGAUACUAAUGAGAAAAAGAGUGAGAAUGAGGGGGAAUCUGCAGAGGAAAAGGAGAGUGAGGCAGAAGAUAAGUUAGACGAACAAGUGGAGGAUUCUGGAGAGAAAGAAAAAGAUAGUGAGGAAGAAGGAGAUGAGGAGGUCAAUAGUGAUGAGGAUGAUUUAUCCCUGUCUGCAAUAGGGAAGAAGAGCAAGAAGGCUCCUGUGAAAGCAACAAAGUCAAUUGUCCCAACAAGAAAAGAAGUGGCUCCUCCUGCUAGGACUCCUCUCGCAAGGAGGGAUGAGUCUGACUCUACUUUGCAAGAAAAGACAUCAGCACAAAAGAGAAAGGCUGUUAAAACCACCAGGGAAGCUACCACAGCUAAGAAGGCCGAUAAGGGAAAGUAA